UAGCCUGCUUGAUCCAAAGAAGAAGAAGAAGAAGAAGAAGAACGAAAUGCUUCCGGUUUAGUCUGCCCGCUGCAAGCCGCAUCACUGCUGGAGGAUCCAUUUAACUUCUUUUCAAGGUUCAGCUCGCUGGGGAGGAACGACGGCGUGGAAGAGGGACCGGACAAAGACUCGUUAUCGAGGGACCCUGGUCGGGAAGGAAGUGUUACCUGCAACAGCUGUUGGUGAUUGAAGAGGGGGUUCCCUGGAAAUGGAGUCUGGAAAAGCUGGAUCCAGAUCCCCUCUGCUUAGAAGAGGAACCAGAGGAACUGUGGCCCAAUCAGGAUGCGAAAAGAGUGAUAAAAGUUGGAACGUGAACAGGGCACAUGGGUCAGGUGUAAACGAUGAUGUAGAGUGUAACAUUGCCAACAACUCCCUCAGCUGCUCUGAAUGUGGUGAAAAGUUUCACGACCAACAAUCUCUCCAGAGACAUUUAACAGAGAAUCCUUUGAGUUGUUUAAAGCAAAAGAAAUGUUUUAAAGUAACACGAAAUAUAAAUUUGAGUAGAGGAGUUCACACAGGGACAAACGCAGUUAAAUGUGAUGUUUGUGGUCACAUCUGUAGUCAUAAAAGAAAACUUGGGCUACACAUGAGAAUUCACACAGGAGACAAACCAUUCAGCUGUGAGGAAUGUGGACAAAGAUUUAGUCACAAGACACACUUAAACCGACACAUGAAAAUCCACAUAGGAGAAAAGCCAUUCAGCUGUGAUGAAUGUGGACAAAGAUUUAGUUACAAGUCAAGCUUAAACAAACACAUGAGAAUCCACACAGGAGAUAAACCAUUCAGCUGUGAUGAAUGUGGACAAAGAUUUAGUGACAAGUCAAGCUCAAUACGACACAUGAGAAUCCACACAGGAGACAAACCAUUCUACUGUAAGGAAUGUGGACAAAGAUUUCGUCAAAAGACAAGCUUAGACCAACACAUGAGAAUCCACACAGGAGACAAACCAUUCAGCUGUGAUGAAUGUGGACAAAGAUUUAGUCUCAAGUCAAACUUAAACAAACACAUGAGAAUCCACACAGGAGACAAACCUUUCAGCUGUAAUGAAUGUGGACAAAGAUUUAGUCGCAAGUCAAGCUUAGAUUUACACACGAGAAUUCACACAGGAGACAAACCAUUCAGCUGUGAGGAAUGUGGACAAAGAUUUAGUGACAAGUCAAGCUCAAGACGACACAUGAGAAUCCACACAGGAGACAAACCAUUCUACUGUGAGGAAUGUGGACAAAGAUUUCAUGUAAAGACAAGCUUAGACCAACACAUGAGAAUCCACACAGGAGACAAACCAUUCUACUGUGAGGAAUGUGGACAAAGAUUUAGUCUCAAGUCAAACUUAAACAGACACAUGAGAAUCCACACCGGAGACAAACCAUUCAGCUGUAAUGAAUGUGGACAAAGAUUUUGUCGCAAGUCAAGCUUAGAUGUACACAUGAGAAUCCACACAGGAGACAAAUCGUUUGGCUGUGAUGAAUGUGGACAAAGAUUUAGUCAGAAGAUGAGCUUGAACCGACACAUGAAAAUCCACACAGGAGACAAACCAUUCAGCUGUGAUGAAUGUGGACAACGAUUUAGUCAAAAGACAAGCUUAAACAAACACAUGAGAAUCCACACAGGACAGAGACCAUUUCCCUGUGAGGUAUGUGGUGAGUUAUUUAGGUGGCGUCGUUCUUUAAAAAGGCACAUUCGUGUCCAUGCAACAUAGAAACGGCACUUUGAGAAUGCUUUCCAAAACUUAAAGUGCUUUAUAAAAAUAAUUUAUUAUUGUUACGGAAGCCGGUCAUUGCUGCCCCCUGAGGCUCGUCAUGCAUGCAAAUGCCAGUCCCUGAUGCCUGUUCGGAGUGGCUUGACCAGACGCACCCUCGUCUCCUCCCCUCUGGUUGGCUUAUCACCCAGCCAAUCGCAUCGCAGCCAUCUUACAUAGUUUAUUAGAAUUGCUGCACGUUUUCUUAUCUCGAUAAGUACGCCGGUUUAUGCUCAGCUUUUUAUUUUGUGUAAAAUUGGUUUUGUUUUCAACUGGCUGAUUUUGAGUUAGACCUUAGUGGUUCUAUUGUGUUUUUACUUUGGACAGCUUCACUAAACCCAGCAUUUGUCAUUACCACUGGUUGUUUGUUCUCCAUUUCCUUUUACAACAAUAAAACUGCUUGCUUCCGUUAAUAACAUCUGUCCACAGUUCUGUUCUUUUGUUACGCCUUCUCAUACCCCUAUAGUGGGUCGUAAAUAAAUUGGGGGCUCGUCCGGGAGCUUUUUUUCUUGUAGUAUAUUUAGCACAGUUGUUGUGGAGCAGUGGACUUUAUUGUUCUGAUCGGAGAUCGAGAUGGCUACGUCCUUUGA